UCAGAAAGAAAAUAUGAUUUUCGCGCAUUGAGUAAGCCUAUUGAUCACUUUGAGUGGUCCAGGCUCGCUUAUUAUUUUCUCAUCUUCAAUAGGGGCAGUUAUUUUAGACAGAAGCAACAGCGUUCAUGAAGAGAGCGAUGAUUAGUUUCUUGAAUUGUUGUACAAAAAAUGUUGAUAUGGUUCACAAUGAUUGAAAGUAGAAAAAGCGCUUUUUGAUAUGUUUAUUUAGUCAUUUAGUAAGUCUUCGAGGAAAUAGCGCUUAAUUGCAAGGCUCAGUUUUUUUUUUCUCAGCCUUUGCGCAUGGAUGGUGUUUCCUUUAAUGAGUGAAUAUAAUUUAUGACUGUUAAAAUUAGAGUAAUUUCAUAUGACCUUCAAUAACAGGAGCAAGAGCAUUUUUUUGUAGUAGUAGUAGUUUUUGUAAUCUUUAAUGUAAGAAUGAAAAAUCAGUAAUAGCGCAGUAAAGAAAAUAAUAUGGCGAUGUAAAUUCAAUUAAUAUCAGGGAGCAUGAAGCACUCUUGUCUGGCGCGCAUUCUUCACUCCUGAUAGCAAGAGCGAACUUUGAAACGUUGACCGUUUGGGCGGUGGUUGGGUGCUCACAGGAGCAGCCUCAGACAAUGGGAGGAAAUGAUGACGUCAAACAGCGCGGUGUCUGGUAGACCAGUGCUUCAUUCUCGCAGGGGAAGCUAGGGCAACGGUUGUGGUGUAGGUGCGCACCCGUCUGGAUUUCGCUUUAAUAGGGGGAUUUGCGAAGCUCUCCUCUCUGGACGACCUUUGGAACGGAUGACGUCACGACCAAUGACAGGGCAGAGCUCCUGAUGCCCUGGCGGAGAAAUCAACGGACGCUUCAUUGCUUCGGGUGGAUCUCUGAGUGGCGGUCAUGCUGUUGGUGCUCUCCUCGCCACGGAUUUCGUGACGAGCGACUGUUUUUGACUGAGUGAUGUGUGUGGAAAUACUUCGGUGCCGGGAAAUGAACCUGGACGCCGUAAUGUUCCAGACUUCGCAGACAUACAGGCUGCUAAGAACGGUCCCAGAGCUAGAAGGUGUUGUCUGCUAUCCGAGAGGGCCAGCAAUGUGGACCGAUCUUGGGGAAUUUUGGGAUCAAAUGACUUUCGUUUACACCUUGGAGUUCAUGAAGUCCCUACGGCUGCCCCACAACCUGCGAGUGCUACUAGCUUUCUCAAGCGCUGCCUACAAUAAUGUUUACAGACCCCCAACGUGGAAGGACGAUAUCAAUAUCUACCCGAACCGGAAGUGUAGCACGAGCAAUAUAUUGCACAAUGCUUACGAAUGGAAUAGAAGGAAAUGUCUUGAGCAUACGCACAUCAAAAAGGGAAUAGAGAACUCGAGCAUGACUUACUAUUAUAUGUACUUUACGAUACAGACGACCGAAAUAGUUAUGCUGGACACCAACGAGACAUUCGAGAUGAAGAUAUGCAACGCACAACGACAAUACAGCUACGACGGGGGAUACGUCCUCUUCGACAUUGUGCGCGGCGACGUCGAAAACUUAUGUGGUGACACCAAUUUUACGGACGGCUUCGCAGACGCGCAUUACAUCAAGAAGUUUAUGCACAGGUCAUUUAAGGACUGCAGUGUGCUUUGAAGGUUUCGCCAAGUUCGUCUUGAAGACUGCUCUCAUAUGAGACCGUGCUUGUGGUACCAUCAACAAUGAAAGACAGAGUAUACAUAUGUUA